GGCGGAACAGUGUAAGUGCCGCGGAGGGAUAUUGAGUGACGCAAUGCACAGAUGAGCUCUACAUGCCCUGCCUCUGCCUCGCGUUAGUCAUAGCUGUCUCACACGCGCACUUGUCACAACUUUACAGGAUUCUGCCGUCUCCUAUGUGUCACCAUGGCUCUCUAAUCGUGCAAACGCACAGAACAAGUGUCAACCUGCACUUGUGCUGCACCGACACAACCACUGCAACCAUGGUGCCUUUUACCUCCCUCUCUGCGCCUUCCGCUGCUAUUUCCAGCAGGAAUCGUGCUUCCAAUCUUCUCUCUGGUGUGGAAAUAGAAGCUUCUGGUAGAAAUGUCUCUUCUGACAGCCAUGAACUACGACCUGGAGAUGUCUAUGUUGCCAGUUAGCACAUUGCACUGGCGGGCGGAUCUCCUGAAGAUCCCUGCUCAUGGAAAUCACUAUGAACAUCAUCACUCCUUCCCCAUGGGUGACGGGGUGAACGUGCACGGGGCUGAAGCUGGAUGCCUGGCAGGUGAUGGAUUCACAGACUGGAUGACUGAAAGAGUUGAUUUCUCCUGUUACCAUCCCACAUCAGUGGAUCCAUCUUUGCCAGGUCCUUCAGCCCCUGAUUUGGAGAUCAUGGCUUCUCUCCUUAAAAAGGAGUUGGAGCAGAUGGAAGAUUACUUCCUGGAGGAGACCCUGUCUCCGACACAACCAAUGCCUCCUGAUCAAGUGGCCCCUUGCACCCCUCCAUCAUCACAUCAAGUGCAUUUCCUCUUCCCCACGCCAGACCAUCAGCUUGGUGGAAGUGAAGUAGAGUUUCAGGCAUAUGUUGAGGAAACACCACCACCUGCUCCAGCCUGCAUGGAAACCCUGGAUUCUGGGUGCCUGGAGCUCCUGAAUCUCUACUCUGAUGUUCCUAGUGAUUUCCCCAGAGACCAACUGCAGGAUCUGUCCCCCACUGACCCGCCAGAAUUCUCAGAACGACUGAUCAGGCCUACACCAUAUGACCGUCCAACCUCCAGCUGCAGUGCUCUGCCCCAUCAAAAAGGAGACCGCAAGCAGAAGAAGAGAGAUCAGAAUAAGACAGCGGCGCUGCGAUAUCGGCAGAGGAAAAGAGCCGAAUACGAUGCACUGGAUGAAGAGUGCCAGAGCCUGGAGGUCAGAAACAGAGAGCUGAAAGAAAAAUCAGAUUCCAUAGAAAGAGAAAUUCAGUAUGUAAAGGACCUACUUAUCGAGGUCUACAAGGCCAGGAGUCAGAGACUCCGGAAUAAUUAGAUCUCUGUAACCAUAUCUAUAUGACACUGUAGGGUUAUUAAAAUAGGUAAAACACUUUUAAGAGAGAUUUAGCAUUUUGUCUGCAUUUUAUGUGCCCCAUUUUUCCCUGCCUUAAAAUACAGCAUCAAAAUGUCUGGUCACCCCCUUUUUGUAGUGCGUAGUGAUAUCACGAAGUGCUAGCACUGGCACAUUACACACGAUUUUUGCCUUUAGAAAUGUCAGUGGAGGUGCAGGUUAGUUAAUAUUUAGAAGCUUUGAAAGAAUUCAUGCUGGGGUCCAGCAAAAGUUUUUCAUUUCUACAACAUAGACGUUUGCAUUUGGGGGAAUUUGUUAAUGUUGAUAAUUUUGUGUAAUUUAGAGUUUUGAGAAAGGUUUGUGCUCCCACCAACUAUGAUCUAAGAUUCUGGCAAAAAUGCAAAGCACCUAUGAUUGAUUUUACAACAUUAUAGAAUUUAUGUAAGACACCUUGUUUCUGUGCUCUGUAGGCCACAUUUGUGUAUUCAGUGUUCAAGAAUUGCUUUCCUGGAGCUGCUAAUGCAUAGGGGCAGUGGGUAGCCUUGCACCAUUGGAGUGCAGAGUUAAAAUCUGCAAAGACUCUGUAUGUUUUCUCUGUGUAGGUUUCCUCCCAUACUCUAAAAUGGGGAUCCCCAACCAGUGGCUCGUGAGCAACAUGUUUCUUACCAACCACUUGGAUGUUGCUCUCAGUGGCCUCAAAGCAAGUGCUUAUUUUUGAAUUCCUGGCUUGGAGGCAAGUUUUGGUUGUAUAAAAACCAGGUGCACUGACAAACAGAACCUCCUGUUGUCUGCCAGUCCACAUAGGGGUGACCAAAUAGCCAAUCACAGCCCUUAUUUGGCACCCCAGAACCGUUUUGGAUGCUUGUGUUGCUCCCCUACUCUUUGGACAUUUGAAUGUGAAUCAUGGGUAAAAAAAAAAAAAAAAAAAAAAGUUUGGGGAUCCUGCUCUUAAACAAUACAGGCAGGGUAACUGACUCCAGAUAAAAUUUGCCCUAUUGAGUAUGAACGUGAUAGGGAUCUUAGAUUGUAAGCUCCACUGUGGCAGGAACCGAUUUGCAUAUCGGGAACUAAUACAUAAUAUGGAAUAAUACAAAAUGUGAAAUAAUAUAUAAUGUGACAUUUCUCAUUACAGGGCACAGAUGAGCAUAACUAGGACAAGACAGCAGAAAGAUAUCAAUGUGAAUUAUUACAUGUCUGUUGUUAUUGUAGAGGAAUCAUAUGAUGGCAGCAGUGUAGCUAUGAAGGGUGAGCAAUCCUGGAGUAGUGGAAUACUAAUUUAGAUUCAGCUACUUUUAAGGAAGGAACUCCACGAUGCGACGGGUGUUUUCAACAAACAGGAAGUGGAGAAUCGCAUGUAAGAACCACAUUUAUCCGACUGUCGGAUGAAAACGCAGCGCGCUUCACCCAUCGCAUCGUGGAGUUCCUCCCUAAUAGUUCAUAUACAAAUAAUGUGUGUUUCCCUUCUGAUUUUAAUUUUGGUGUGCAUUUUCAUAAUUUAUAAUCCGUCAAAUAAAUAUUUCUGAAAAUAAA